AUGGAGGCCUCUUACAACUUUGAGUUGGCAAGCCGGUGCCCCGGAAGCAGUUGCUUGCUGCGGGCCACUGGACUUGCUACGGAGGUGGACUGGGUGUGUCGCCAUGUUCCUGUCCUUGGCCUCCCUGAAAAAAAGAGUCCUCUUUGUGGAACAGAAAAAAAUACGCUCCCUCUAAACAAUGGAUUGCAAAUGAAUUUGAUUUAUAAAUGAGAAGAGUGAGGGCGGGACACUGAUUCAGAAAUUCUGCGGUGUGUAAUAAAAGAGGAGGAAAUGGCAAGGAAUCACUGCCUCCUGUGAUUUUGAAGGCCAUUGUGAAGGAAAACAAUGCGGUGAAAGAAAGUUCUUCAUAUUAGGACAUAUAUCAUUGCAUCACAUUUAUUUAUCUUUCUGGAUAUUUUUAUAGCCCUUAAUAAAAAAUACUAA